CCGCGCCACCGACGGAUGGCCAGUGGCGGACCUACCUCUCCGGACGCCCGGCAGAGUCCAAAUCGCGGGUGGCCCACACGGGGCCUGGCGGGCGCACCCACGCCGGGCCCGCCCAGGCCCCCAGCUCCGCCCGGCCAGCCUCUGCCGUCUCCGGGCCGCGCGGCUUCCGCCCCUGCGCCGCCGCCGUCGCCGCAGCCAACACGGAAGCGCCGGCGCCGGGACCCGCCUGCGCGGACGCCGGACCACGUGGCCCGCGGAGGCGCCCGGGGGCGGGGCGGGGUGGAGCAGAGCCUGAGGUCCCCGGAGGCGCCGCCAACGGAGUCCUGGCAGGUCUGGUGUUUGAGUCUUUUCUCCUUUCUGGACGCUGAAGCCGGCUUUCAGGUCUCUCAUGUGUGCCGAAUGAAUGAAAGCGCCUUUACGUUCACCGUCAUCGUCGUCAUCAUCAGCAUCAGCAUCAGCAUCAAAACCAUCAUCCAAUGCCUGAGUCCAAGGGCCUGAAGAGAGAGCUGCAGUCAAACAGAUCUGGGUACUGAGUGAUCUUGAUCAAGUUACUUAUCCUGUCAACCUUGUUUACCUUACUUGUGAAAUGGAGAAGUUGACACCAGUGCCAACACCUGGGUGGCUGUGGGGUAAACAAGAUUAAGUAUGAAAUGGGCUUAAUUGUUUAAUUCAUGUCUACUAUCACUAAAAUGAUCAUUAUUGUUCAGA